GUGCUCUGCGCGUGAUUGGUCAGUUCUGAGAGCGCAGUGCAUGAUGGGAGGGCGGGCAGUUGGAAUGCGCGGCUCGGAGAUGGAGGGACGGAGCAGUGCGGUGAACACUCCGGUGCGCCGGCCUGUAACCAGGAGGAGUAAGAGUUAUGGGAGAAGCUGUGUUGAACCUCCGUCUUUAUUCUGGCAAACCCCCGGCCACCUCACCACACUGGGCCACAGGAUCCCCACCAGCAGAAGAGCUGCUAAAUCCCAUAAUAUUACAGAGAAGGUGGAUCCGGAGCAGGUCGCUCUGCUGCUGGACGGCGAGUGGAAGCUCUCGUACGUUACGCCUCUGUUCCUCUUCAGACACACUCAGCUCAAACUCUACUCCAAACGCCUCGCCGCCUUCAUCAUCGCCGAGAAGCAGCAGGGCGUGGCCGUGGAGGUGGGGCUGGAGGCGGGGUUCAGGGUCUCGUUCUCCGCUGUUCUGGGGAUGGCAGAAACCGAGGAGGACGCCGAGACCGUUUUCAUCCAGAUCUUCUCCAGGCCGGUGUUUGGGGCGGACGGCUCUAAGCCGGUGUGGCAGGGCUGGUUGACCUGUGUGAACGGCGACCCGGAGUACCUGCGCUCCCUCCCGCCGGACUUCACCAGCCUGCCGCUGUUCUGCAGCCGCGGCGCCGAGAGCCUCAGUGCUCUGGUGAAGUCCUGGUUCCAGCGGACGUUCGACUGCAGCUUCGGCGCGCUGGGUCUGAGCUCCUCCACGCUGCACUGGCUGGCGGCUCUGUGGACCGGCUGCCACCCCGCCGCCGGGAUCCGGUACCUGAAGCUGGGCUGGACCAUGCCCACGCAGCCGCCGCUGGACAUCGAGUACUCGGUGGACCCGCAGGACGCCUGGGAGCUGUGGAACAGCGUCCACAAAGAGGACGGAGCGGACGAGCGGAUCAGCGUCGACGAGGUGCAGAGCUUCAUAAACGGGCUGGAGACGCAUUUCUUCAGACACUUUAAAAUCUACCUCUCCUCUGGAACCCUCACCAAGGUCUCCACCGCCCUCGGCUCCGCCCACCACCACGGAAAAAUCAAGAUGAGCAGCAGUGAUUAUAUCUCCACCGUUCUGACGCUGCUGACCGAGUGCGCUCUGCUGAAAACUCCCGUUUAACUUCUCUCAUUCUCACUUUCACUCUUUUUAUUUUGUAACUUUUGUAUUAUAUUAUUUUUAUUGUUCUCUAAUAAAUUAAUCACAUUCAUCAAUCAUAAGUAACUUCAGACGGUUUUAAAAGUGUUUUAGCUCUACAGUCCUCAGUCCUGAAUGUACAGUAUGUAAAUGAUGCGUGUAAAUUUUUUUAUUGUACUAUUUUAUUGUUUUUCCCUUUUUAUCACAUCUGCUUUUUGAUUUGUACAUUUCUGUGAUGAACUCAUUCAUUUCAUAGUGUGUAAAUAUUAUGGGGUGGAUAGUUCAGAAAAAUAAAGGCUUUAAUUCAUUCUUUUAAUUUA